GCUCCGGCAGCAGCGGAAGAGGCGGCGGCGGCGGCAGCUCCCGAGGCUGGUCAGGAAUCAGGGCAAUCCCGAGUGCCCGGCCGGGCCCGGCCCCUGCGCGCCCAGCUCUGAAGAGUUCCCUGGAACCUUCAACCAUGGCAGAGUACGGAACCCUCCUACAGGACCUGACUGAUAAUAUCACCCAUGAGGAUCUGGAACAGCUGAAGUCUGCUUGCAAAGAAGACAUCCCAAGUGAGAAAAGUGAGGAGAUCACUACUGGUAGUGCCUGGUUUCACUUCCUCGAGACCCACAACAAAUUGGACAAAGAUAACCUCUCCUACAUAGAGCACAUCUUUGAGAUUUCAAGGCGACCAGAUCUGCUCACCAUGGUGGUUGACUACAGGACCCGUGUGCUAAAGAUCUCUGAGGAGGAUGAGCUGGACACUAAGCUGACCCGAAUUCCUAGUGCCAAGAAGUACAAAGAUAUCAUUCGGCAGCCCUCAGAGGAAGAAAUCAUUAAGCUGGCUCCCCCGCCCAAGAAGGCUUGAAGGAGGAGGAGAAGAGGAGGAAGGUUGGACCUUCAGUGGACCACCCCCAUCCUCCUGGGGAGGGGGAAGGGGCAAGCACUGCACCAUUACCCCCUACCCUACCUAUUCACUAACCUGGUCUUAACCACUCCCAAUUGUGUGUGUGCGCACGCGCAUGUGUGUGCGCAUGCUCUGGCUGUCUGUCUGUCCGUCUAGCUCGCCUAGUUCCCCCUCCCUGGGGGGGCAGGAUAUGGGGUCUUAGUCCCCCCACUUCCAGGGGGAGGUGGGGGCUAUUUCUAUGCAAAUAGAAAUCAGCACAUUCCCCCUGCAUCUCCUGGUCCCACUCCCUUAUCUCUUUUAUGCCCCCCACAAAAGUCUAGGAGCAGAGUGGGGGUGCUUUUUUCCAAUGAAAUGAGGAAAGAUGGGGAUGAGGAGAAUUAAAAUGUUGACAGAUUGGGAAGGGUCCUGAAUGGGCUGAGGAGAGGACAUAAGGAAAGAGUAAAGUAGUAAUUCUAGGCCAAUGUGGCCCAAGAGUGGACCUGAGUUCCCCACUUGGGGAAGGCUCGAUAAGGUCAAGACUCAUGCACUGCAGCUGAGUUAUAGAGCAGAUCCCCACGAUGCCCUCCCUUCAUUCUCUAACAGAAUUGGAAGGGCAUGAGUAAACCCCUUUUCACUUUUUUCACCCACCUGAGAUAGGUAUAAAAGUUCUCUAAAGUUGAAGCCCCUGUUUGCUUUCCACUCUUGAAAGCCAGAGUUGGUAGGAAGCCAAAAAUGAAGAGGGAUAGCAGAGAACAGAAGCCCCUUCUUUGUUCUUCCAUUCCUCUUUGAUGACUUUCACAGUGAACCUGAGGAAGACUAGAGGGCUAUCCUCAAUCAGUCCUCCCUCCAAAAAAACACUCCAACUUGGGGCCUUUUUGGGCCUACAGGUUCCAAUCCCAAUCUAUCCUCUACUUUCACGGCCCCAUGCCCCCACCAUUGGCUAACGUGGAGUUACCCCUAUCACUUCAAACUUGGAAUAUCCCCCGAUAAUAGUUAAGGGGAGGGGAAAAUGACAGUAUUUUCUUUUGCACUAAUUCUGCACCCCUAGGCAAGAGACCUGGCUCAUUUUGGUAGGGGGAACACUGAUCACUCCUCCACUAGGCCCCAUUUCCUGGCCCCCUUGGGUUUAUGGCCACUUCCUAGCCAAACCAUUGGAGGUAGUAGACCUUAGCCUAUGGACCCCAAGAUGCCCCUCCCUACCCUGACCGUGCUAACUGUGUGUACAUAUAUAUUCUACAUAUAUGUAUAUUAAACCCGCACUGCCAUGUUUGCCCUUUUGUGGUUUCUAGCGUUAACUUAUUGUCUAGGUCAGACCAGAGAGCUUGGGGAAAGGGGUGGGGGGAGGUGGGGUGGCAUAGAAGGACUGCCAAAAUAGAAGAGAAGACAAUUAAAAAAAAAAAAUCACAUUCAAGCCUAGAGUGCAUUUAGAGUAGGUUUUCGUAUGUGAUGCUUUUAGGGAGGAAGUAAGAGUAAGAAGAAAGUGAGAGGGAUAAGCCAGCUAUUGGAAGAAGGAAGAAGCCAGAGGGCUGGAGGUUACCCAUUACCCCAAACAUCCCAAUUUCUACACCCAGCUUCUCCAUCCUGCCACUGCUGCAGAUACCUGCCUUAACAAACACCUCUACAUACUCCGCGGUUUUGCCUUAAGGACCUUCCUGAGACCCCUUAGUCCUACCUGGCUUUUCCCUAGGAGUUAAGGGGGCUCUGGCUCCUUUUCCCCAAAGCAACAGAAGAUUGGUGGGAUUGGGAAGAGAAAUGAGCUCUUACUUACUAUGUUAGGGGGUACAUGUUGGGGUUGGAGGGGUGCCACCCCAUUCUUUGUUGAGAGGGGGGGGGAGGGGACGAAGGCAGGGUCACUUUCAUUUAAAAUUCCCUGUCCCUUGAUUUCUCUCAGACAGAUUUAAAAAAAAAUACUAACCCACCCUCCCACUAUCCUGCACUGCAGUGAGUUACCCCACUUCCCUGUUCCCCUCUGUCUGCAGUGUGCUCGACCUUGUUCUAACCCUGGAAUAAAGGUGAUUGUAUUGAAAAAA